AUGGGAAAAACUGCAGCAUUAAUUUUGGAUCGAUCUUUACUGAUUUUACCAUUCACUGCUACUCUAACUAUGAUCAUAACCGUAGUGAUAUGUUAUUUAAACGAUAUAUCGAAUGUUCAACAAACAUUUUCUAAAAGAUACGAUCGAAUUAUCAAUAUUUUAUUUGUUGGAGUGACUAUCUUAUUUCCUCAAAUAUUAGUAAUUAUCAUUGGUCGAUUUCGAUCACUAUUAGAAAAUCAAUCAGUUAUUAAUCGAAUUAUUGUAUAUAUUAUUCAUGUCAUUGUGGCUAUCCCCUUAACUGGUGUGCUUAUUCUAGCCGGUACAGACAAAAUUAGUGGUGGUCAUGAUUGGCAGAUGUUUAGUUCGGUUGGACUACUAAUAUCUCUUUACCUGUAUUGUAUUCUUCAUACUAUUUAUGUUUUCUAUCUCUAUAUACGUGAAAGGAAUGCUUUUCAAUGGUCAAAAAUCAUGGGACCAAUAUGGUUUGUUUUCUGUACUCUACCAGUUAUUCCCUGUACUAUCAUACUGGAAAUAUACUAUAGUCAUAUUGAAACAUAUUUCAUAUUCAUUUUUCCUGUUUUAUAUUGUUUGGGUUUCGUAUAUCCAUCUUGGUUACGAGCUAAAGCAAGAAAUAGAUCUUCCGUUGUACUUGGACCAUUAACAUUCUUAAAUGAUCCCGAUCAAGAAACACUAGUUGCUUUUCCUAUCUAG